UAUCGCCCCUAGAUAGCACGACUUCCUGAAUCGACAUCCGGCGUGUGAAAAUUGUAAACAAAUCCCUGUCAAAAUGAAAGUAACACAUACGCGAAAUUAAUGCUUUUAUUCCCCUCAUUGAACGAUGUUUCAUAACUGACGUAAUGUGAUUAUGAAAUUUAUUCUGUUCAUAGAUUAAUUCAGUGUUUUUGUCCACUAUGUGAUUAUUUUGCACUCCGUAUACUGUACAACUUUCGUGCCGGGUGCAAUACAGUAUCCCCGAAAAUCGAAGGACGAUUCGAGUGCAACUAGGAGUUGAGAACAGGGAUAAUCCGCUGACAAGACAAUAUAAUAGAAUAUCAAGAUGGGUAAAUUGGGCACAAAGACAUGUCGGCUGUUGACGAUGCUGGGGCUGACAGCCUCUUUCUUCCUGGUGGAGAUCAUCGUUGGAUACAUCACAAACUCAAUCGCCCUUGUGGCAGACUCAUUCCACAUGCUGUCAGACGUCGUGGCUCUCAUUGUGGGCUUUGCAUCAGUGCGGAUCUCUAAGUGGCGUACCAAGAAGAACACCUUUGGAUGGGCGCGGGCAGAGGUGCUCGGCGCCAUGAUAAACUCUGUGUUUCUGAUCGCCCUGUGUUUCUCCAUCAUGGUGGAGGCCCUGAAGAGACUUGUAGAGGUGGAGAAGGUGGAGAACCCCAAGCUGCUUCUGAUCGUGGGUGCAGCCGGCCUCGGCAUCAACCUUAUUGGACUCCUCCUCUUCCAUAACCAUGGUCACAGCCACGGUGGUGGGGGUCAUGGGCACAGUCAUGGAGGGGGGAAGGGGGAGCCCAAGGACGGACAGAAGCAACACAUGGUUGCAAUGAAGGAGAGCGAGUCACUUGUAGAGGGACACAUUGCCAAUGGGGCAACUGGAAACAGCUCUGCAGAAAGCGAUUCGGAGGCCGACCAUGAUGAUAUCAUCAUGGAGUUUGACAGUGAUAGAAUGUCUUCCAGCUCACAGUUAAACAUGCGUGCUGUGUUCCUGCAUGUGCUUGGAGAUGCUCUCGGUUCAGUGAUUGUGAUAAUCAGUGCUCUAGUCAUCUGGUUCGUUGAAGGAGACUGGGUUUACUAUGUUGACCCCGGAAUGAGCGUGGUCAUGGUCUGCAUCAUUUUAUCUACAGCCAUUCCACUGUUGAAAGAAGCAGGCAUGAUUCUCCUGCAGACAGUUCCCACACAUAUACAGAUCACUGACAUUAAAGAAAAAAUUGAACAAAUGGAUGGAGUUCAAGCAGUGCACGAGUUCCACGUGUGGCAGUUGACAGGGAACAGAGUGAUAGCCUCCGCCCAUAUCCGCUUUCACAACCUAUCAGAGUACAUGACCAUCGCAGUCAGGAUCAAAACCCUCUUUCAUAAUGCUGGCAUACAUUCCACUACCAUACAACCAGAGUUCACAGAGACGGAGUCGUUUUCCUCACGAGACUGUGUGUUGGCAUGUGGCCCUGAGAAAACAUGCUACACAGACACAUGUUGUCCCGAGCCAAAGAAAGAUGCUGCCUCUCCAAAUGCUAGCAAAACUACGCCACAACAAACCAAAACACAGACAGAAACUGUAUAACUAUUGUAACUUGUAUUUAAAGUACAUUGUAGUUUUAACUUGUAAGGUAUGUUGUAUGCUGACUUACAUAACAUUUUAUAUGAGCUUUUAUUGUUAUUUAGCAGAAAAUGUGUUGUUCUUUCUUCUGAUAAUUGUUGAACAAUUUAUGGAAUCAAACGGAAGAUAUAAAUAUAAAAAAGGUAAAUUUAUCUUUUUGAGUAUGCAGGACUUUUUGUAUAGUGUUGUGAAGUCCUUCCGUUGUUAUGAAUGCAAGAAUUCCUUCUUCAUAUGACAUUUGUUUAGAUCAAUUAUUUAGAUAAAAAUGAUAAAAAUUAACAUUACAUUGGAUCAUAUCAAAAACAAGGAUUAAGCAUGCCUUUAAUAAGUAAUCUGCUGGACUGAUCGGACAUAUGUUACUUAGUAUUAGGCAUUAAUGCCUCAUUUGUUUGUACAUUUGCCAAAUAUUGCUGGAUAAGGCCAAAGAAAUCAUCUUUUUGUUAGAAGAUUUUCGCAUAAAAUAAUAUAUUUUCUUUUUCUCCACAUAAACCCUCUGAAAAUGACACCAAAGUUGAUACCAAAAUAUUGUUGGGUCAUCAGGCAUUCAAAAUCACAUAUCUAGGGAUCAGAUUCCUUGAAACGUUCCACAAAUAUACAUCAAAUCCCUCAUAAUGCCAUCUAUAAUUUAAGUGUUUUUUUGUUACACUUUUAAAGCCUAAUGCACUGGCAAUGUCUCAAACUUAUGUCUUGCCAUCAUCUUAUACUCUUAUUUCCGUGAAAUAUUUAUUUUAAAGGGACGCUGUUCUACCAUUUGCAUUUAACAUUAAUGAUCGCUAUUAACAGGGAUGUGGUUUGUCCGCGGAUUCGUGGAAUUCCGCGGAUCUUAUGGCCCCAGAGACCCCCCCCCCCCCCCCCCCCAAAAAAAAAAGGUUUUUUUUUACCUGGAAAAAAUUAUUUGGUUGCUUUCAAUUGUUUAAGUAAAUAUUCCAGCCCUCAAAAGAGCUUCUAAAAGGCCAUUUUUUCUUCUACAGCAGUGCGCUCUUGACCCAAAGAACGCCCCAUAAACCCAUGGCGGAAAAUGUUUCAGCCCUCAGGCUGCCAGGUCUAUCACAUCCCUGUAUUAAGUACUUCUCUGUGAAAUGAGAUUCAAUUUCCUUCAUGGCAAAUCGGAGAAGUUUUAGUGCAAGAUUGACUCGCUCCUUUUUAAGCUUCUCAUGAUUAUAUCGACAAAAGAUGAAGCCAUAAUUUUUUACAGGAAAUAUCCUCAGAUUUUAUUGGCUACAUCUGUGCUUAAAUCUGUAUGUAUCAGUUCAGGUGAGGCAGUUCUGAAUGGAUGUCGUAUUGUGUGCCAUUCCCACAUUUUCUUGGAAAAAAAACAGAAUUUAUUGUGUUUGACUCAUAAUUUUAUUUCAUUUUACUCUCAAAUAGUCUGUUAUUAUUAACCCUUUGCAUGCUGGGUAAAAAAUGUUGCCUGCUAAAAUGUUGUCUACUUUGUUUUCCUGUCAAUUUACUUAAAACUUGGAGGAAAUAUUGACUGAGUGGCAAACAGCUUGGAACCUGACCAGACGCCGAGCUACUCGGCAUCUGGUCUGGUUCCAAGCUGUUUGCUAAAACUAUAAUAUUGCCGCCAGCAUGCUAAGGGUUAACAAAUGGAGACAUUUAUUACAUAAGAUUUUUAUAGCAUGAAAAUGGUAUACAAACUCUGUUAAAACCAGAUAAUCGUGUCUAAAUAACUGCCGAAAAGUUCUUUUUUGAAUCAGAUAUGUGAACCUUCGGCACUGCUUGAGAGGUAGAGAUUGAUAGAUUUUGGGUCCAGAGAGGUAGAGAUCGAUAGAUUUGGGGACAAGAGAUAUAGAGAUCGAUAUAUUUGGGGUCAAGAGAUAUAGAGAUCGAUAGAUUUGGGGUCCCGAGAGGUAGAGUUCGAUAGAUUUGGGGUAAAGAGAUAUAGAGAUCGAUAUGUUUGGGGUCAAGAGAGGUAGAGAUCGAAAGAUUUGGGGUCAAGAGAGGUAGAGAUCGAUAGAUUUGGGGUCAAGAGAGGUAGAUUUUACAAAAUGCUCUACUCCUCAAUUUUUCAGCUUUUUAUGCAUAUUAUGUACACAUUUAACAUUAUUUCACUCUCUAAAUACCUUAAGAAAUUUUUCUAGAUGUAAAACAUUCCAGGUACAUUAUGAAUAACUUCUUAUUCUCUUUGUUUAUUUAUUCAACCAUUUAAAUAAUUAUGUUGCAUAAUUAUGUAAAGAUAAAGUUUCAGUAGCUUGCCUAGAGAGAAUAGAAAUAUUAUUCAUUUCAGUUUUAAUUAUCACAAAUUAUGUAAGGGUACCUUUAUACAAGAAUCAUGUUUCGGCUAGUGUAAAAACGUUAUUUCUAGAGUGAAAAAUUAAUUGAAGCAAGAUGUAAAAACAAAUACAGCAGUGCCUGAAAUACUAAAGAGUAUUUCUAUUUAGCCAUUUUUUGUGUUAAACAGAUAUACCUGUUUUUUAUUGAUGUUAUUAUGGUGCUGUGUACUCAUUCAAAUGUUGCAUGAAUACUCAUUUGAAAUUCAUUUCUACAUGUAUGCAGUUGCCACUUUUAUCUGAACCUUUUACAGUAUAAAUUUUUAUAAUUUUCAAUGUUUGUUUUCAGCAAUCCCAAGUUAUAACAUGACAAAUGUACUGUCAUAUAUGUUCAUGCAAUGAUGUAUUUCAACAUCAAUAGAUUCAAGUUCAUCUCUUUGAAAGUGUUUUGUGUUGCAUGAAAAAAAGAUGCUUUUUGUUGUGUGUAUGUAAAUUGUAAAUAUUUAUAAUUAUAUUAUAUACUAGUAUUCCCUGUUUAUACAUAUCUGUGUUGUUAGUUAAUUGUAAGCAUAUUUCUGCUGUGUAUGAAAUACGCUUGGUUUUUGUUCUGUAUUUUCUCUUGUUAUCAGUGUUUAAAUAUGUCUACUCUCGUAGUGUUGAGUUUAUGAUAUAAUUCUUGUCUGUUUUCAAGAUCAAACAUUUAGUUAUUGUCAUAGUAUUGGAGUCAUUGUCAGUGGUGGCGACGUUGUCGUGUGGGAACAUUUACCUUGACCAUAACUCUAAAAAUUGUUAAAGAUAUAUUUAUUCUUCCCCUUUAGUAGGCAUUUUGCAUUGCAAUAUGCAAACGUUUAGCAGGCCCAUAAUUUCUGCUUUAGUGAUGUUGGAGUUUUGCCACUUGUUUAAUUGGGGAAAAACAACAGCAGGACUGGAUGUUACAAUUUAUGUCAGACUACCUCUGAAUCAACUGAUCCAUUUGUAAAAAAAACACUUGAUACAGGCUAUUUUAUAUUAAUUUAAAGCUAAAAUAUUUCAGUCUUCCAUUCCCCGCCAUGCAUUUGUAUUCUGUUACAAAUGAAGCAACUUUGUAGUGAAUUUUGUUCCUUAAAAUUUCUAAAGCGCUGCGGGUCAGGAGGCAAAUAUUUUGAAUACUCUGAAAAUAUUAACAUGAAAUUUGGCACUCUCUGACACAUUAAUAAUGUUCAAGCAUGCAAGUGUAUUGUUUUUUCUUCUAAUUUCGUGAAUUUCAAAAGUGCUUCCCACAUGGCCAGAUCAGUUAUUCAACAAGGAUGCAGCAUCAAACAUUGUUUUUUCUUUCUUUAAGGGUUGUCAUUUUUCUGAGUUCUUAUAAAAUAUAUAUUGGUAAAAUUACUACAUAAUGGAAAUUUUAAUUGUUAAUUAUAAAAUUAAUUGAAUAUCUGAUUGUAUUUGAAGUCCAUCUGGAUGUGUAUAUAAAUAUUAGUGUUGACUCAGAAUAUGAAGAACCUACAACUAUCUAUGUGCAUAAUGCAGCAGGAAAUCCCAAGUAAUCCAGUACUUACAAAAUAUUUGUUUUCAUAUUAUAUGCUGUUUUCUGUAUGCUUGUUUUUUGCCAGUGAACAAAGACAGUGGUGUUCGAAAAAAGUAAGGAAUAAAAGUAUGAAAACAAUGAAA